AUGUGCAGCACAACCCCGAAUGACGUUCCACAGCAAAAGUGUAACACGACCGAAAACAACAGCGACGAUAUCGAUGAAACUGACUCUUUGAACGAGGAAACCCAGCCUAGUAGUGACGUCCCGCGUACACCAACCUACGCCCCGUGUUUUGGUUCGCCAAAUAGCUUUAAGCCGGCUUCCGAUGUGCUCUCAACACCCACUUCAAGGUGCUCAGAAAUGCCUGUUACACCGGGUAAAGAAUGGUGUCGUGACUCAGAUGACGCAUCAACUCUUCCUCGGCCCAAUAUGGAGGAGUCGGGUGAAUCUCAAUCAAAUUUCGAAAUGGAUGAAGAAUGUCGGCGUAUGUUUUACGGUUACUUAGAAACCUCAGUGACUCGGCGACCAAUACAAUAUCUCGGAUUUCGCUGUUAUGAGAGAACAGUUACUGUGCAGCUUUUGGUCCCCGACUCCGGGGAAAAUCCAAUAUAUGAAAUAACCAACCCACCGCCGGAUAAUCAUCGUACGCCCUCACCCACACCCGCGAUAGGGGAAGAGAUCAACACCGAAGAUAUCCAUUCAAUAUCCAACACCUCACACAAACAUGAGGAGGUUCCUACUUCAUCCUCACAUGCUUUCGCACAUUUAGAGGAAGACUCCAGAUCGACCGCAAGUAGUUUUGUGACAGUUUCCGAAGAUCCUAGUUCUGAGUGGUGGACCCAAUGGCAGACGCUGGUUGGUGUUCCUCCAUCAUCACCGCUAUAUAACAUAACCGAACAAGCAAAUCUGUUGCAUAGUGAUGACGUACAAAUUCCAUCGCAAUCCAAUGCUGCCGUCAUAUCGGACGAUCACAGGUCCCCCAACGUGAAGGAAGAUAAAUCAUUACCAGGAACGCCGGGACACGUUGUCGAACUGUCAUCACCAUCGAUGUCUUCCCGAUCGUCAUCCUCAUCCUCAUCAGCCUCGUCGUCUUUAUCGUCAUCCUCAUCCUCAUCAGCCUCGUCGUCUUCAUCAUCAUCCACAAGCCAAACGAUGACACCUCAUCAGCCAACAUUGUGUAGCAGUCAACCUUCCAUCGAUGAAGUGUUUAUACCCAGUAAGGAGAAUAAUAGCACACCAAGUACAAUCAAAUUGCCAGUCACUGAAAUCCCAACUGAGUCAACGCCAUCGUCCUCGACAGACAAUCCCGUGAACGAUAACACAUUUCUCGAACUGCCAAAUUAUCCCGAAAACCUACAAAUCCGUAUCGAGAAGUUUAAAAACAAUUGGAAAAAGGGACACAAACUGAAGCGAAUUGUUAAACAAGAUGGCAAGCAGUACCGCAUAAUAAUAUCAGCAGACGGGGUAGUGAAGGUAUCUCUCCGAACUUCUGCAAUUGGUCUCUAACAUACCUUCCUAUUCGACCGAGAUAUAGUCGAACCAAAGUGCCCAUGUCGGAGAAAUAAAAGGUUACAUAACACCCUAGGGCUUCCUGGCUAUUGAAACCCAAUAGCAAUAGAGAAAGCAAAUCAAGGAAUCAAAAAUCAGAGGGAGGAAGAGAUGCCAUGUAACGCCCAAAAGUCAUGCUUUCGUUUUUGGGGUACAUUAUUAUUUUAAAUACCAUUUUUACUUACGUCCCCUAGUAGAAAGAAGUAUACUUAAAAUACAACAUUGGAACCCCUGGUGGCAAAUGGCGGAACUACGCAAAACUGUCAGAUUGGGAUCAGCUGCUGUCAUGAGAAAACAACAAUCGUUGUCCAGCCAAAAAGGUAUAAAAGGAGACGCAUUUCACACAAUCGAGAUCAGUCUUCUGUUGAUGGCUGGUAAGUCAAGUGUGAUUGGGAGGAAGAAAAGGCGCGCAACCUCGGUUGAAUUGAGUCUUAGUAAGCCAAACAAUAAGCCUUGACUAUUUGUGGUGACUGGACUGGACUGAACGCAGGGUCAAGUGAGGGUUGUAGCAAUACUCCCUAUUCUUCGGGCUGCGUUGACGGCGACUGAACGCAGGGUCAAGUGAGGGUUGUAGCAAUACUCCCUAUUCUUCGGGCUGCGUUGACGGCGACUGAACGCAGGGUCAAGUGAGGGUUGUAGCAAUACUCCCUAUUCUUCGGGCUGCGUUGACGGCGACUGAACGCAGGGUCGAGUGAGGGCUGUAGCAAUACUCCCUAUUCUUCGGGCUGCGUUGACGGCGACUGACGUACUCAUCGGGCUGCUGCUGUGCCAAAGCUGCCGCCACCCGAUUCGUCGUGCGCGUAUUCAUCAGGCCGCCGCUGUGCCAAGCUGCCGCCACUACUACUCGCCGCUGACGUAUUCAUCGGGCCGCCGCUGUGCCAAAGCCGCCGCCACCCUAUUCGCCGCUCGCCUAUUCAUCGGGCCGCCGCUGUGCCAAGCUGCCGCCACUACUAUUCGUCGCUCGCCUAUUCAUCGGGCCGCCGCUGUGCCAAGCUGCCGCCACUCUAUUCGUCGCUCGCCUAUUCAUCGGGCCGCCGCUGUGCCAAGCUGCCACCACUGCUACCCGUUUAUUAACAUUUCGACUGAACUUUGUGAUUUAGUGUUCUUCGUAAAACGUUCUGAACGUGAUUUUAUUGUGUUUAGUGUAGUGUUUAGUGUUAUUUAAGGAAAUAAAUUUAUAACGUUUUAAGAAAAUAUUUUUGCUUCACUCUCUCUCUCUUUAUGUCCUAACAAAUAAAUUUUUGUGACGACUCUGGCCCCCGCUGAACCUACCCCCGCUUCAAAGUGAAAA